AGCAGUACGACUGGAAGCGUCCUGUCACCGAAGUUCUCCGAAAACCUUGAAGAAGUUAGCUAAACAGACACCUGACAGUUAACAGUGUUCGCGUUUUGAAAAUGAGUUAAGUAUAACUUAGUUAACGAUACAAGUCAUCGUCGAAUUUACUGAACUAAAGGUAUGGAUGCAUUACAUUCGUUAUCUUACUGCUGAGGGAUGUCAGCAGUGGCUGCCAUUACCUUGUUCAGGUCCAAAAUAUUUCCCAUUGGAACCAGAGUUCUGUGGACAGCAAGGGCCCUGCUGGUCAAGCCCCGCCCCUUCCACUGUGGCCCCGCCCCCAGGCUCAGCAACUCCAGGUUUGACCCCGAUGGGAGCGGCACGCCCACCACGUGGGACGCCUUCGGCAUCUGGGACGACCGCAUCGACGAGCCCAUCCUGCUCCCGCCCAGCAUAAAGUACGGCACGCCCAUCCCCAAAGUCAGCCUGGCGCGAGUGGGCGGGGCCUCCCUGCUGGGCCGGCGCAAGGAGAACGAGGACCGCCUGCAGGCCUCGCAGAUCACCGACGCCGUGCUGUACUUCGCCGUGUUCGACGGACACGGCGGGCCGCAGGCGGCCGACUUCUGCCACAAGUACAUGGAGACGUACAUCAGAGAUCUAGUUGCAAAGGAGGAAGACCUUGAGCUGGUUUUACGCAAAGCAUUCCUUGAAGUCGACAAAGCCCUGGAAAGACAAUUACAGGUCUCUGCUGAUGCGUCCCUGCAGACGGCGGGCAGCACCGCCACGGUGGCGCUGCUGAGAGACGGCAUCGAGCUGGCGGUGGGCAGCGUGGGCGACAGCCGCGCCAUCCUCUCCCGCAAGGGCAAGGCCGUCAAGCUGACCGUGGACCACACCGCCGAGAGGAAGGACGAGAGGGAGAGGAUUAAGAGCAGUGGCGGGUACGUGGCCUGGAACAGCCUGGGGCAGCCGCACGUCAACGGGAGGCUGGCUAUGACGCGGAGCAUCGGCGACUUUGACCUGAGGAGCGUCGGGGUCAUCGCCGAGCCCGAGACCAAGAGGAUCUCUCUUCAUCAUGCCCAUGACGCCUUCCUGGCUCUCACCACAGAUGGGAUCAACUUCAUCAUGAACAGCCAGGAGAUCUGUGAUGUCAUCAGUCAGUGCCAUGACCCUAAAGAAGCAGCCCAGCGUAUCACUGAGCAGGCCCUGCAGUAUGGCUCAGAAGAUAACAGCACUGCGCUGGUGGUGCCCUUUGGCGCCUGGGGCAAACACAAAAGCCCCCACCUCACCUCCACCUUCAGCCGGAGCUUCACCUCCUCGGGCCGCUGGGCCUGAGCGUGCUGCCCCCGCAGGACGUCUGGGGAACUGCACCCACCACACCUUUGCCAACAGAACUCAGGAGUGCCUUCAGUACAUGGCAUGUUGAAUGCUUGCGACAGACUGUACUUCAGGGUGGACAGAUUGUAGUUGUACUUUACGAGGCCUUGCCAUUUUAAAAUGGAGCCAGUGUGCCUUGCAUAACUUUGGAAAUUUGUUAGGCCAACAGUGCACUUUUUACCCUGGACACGACUUGUACAAAAUAAAUUUUGUGAACUAUU